CCUCACUAUAAAAACCCUUCCGUUCGGUAUGAAAACCAUUUCUAUCAACUAUGGGAGACGUCGUAUUUCUUUGAGCCUCGCCGAACUUCUGUACUCGUCUCACCAGAUGGUUCUAAGAAGAAGCUCGCGAACCACAGCGCAAUGAGAGUGGCAUAUAAGUUUGUCUUCGCUCCAAAUUCGAAUUUCUCAGCAAAACCCGAGCAAAUGUACGGAUUUAUUCCGCAAUGGGGGAAGAUCGAUGUAGUUCUUUAUCGAAACGUGAGAAGCUAUAAAAAGGAAGACCUCCAGACGAGAACUAUGCGAGUUCAGUUUGCAGCAGCUCCAAAAGGUGACGAUCCAAAGGAGAGUUUCUCCACUGGACAACCUGUUGGCGAGUAUGCGGGUGAAACUGUAGUACGAUUGGUUGCAAUUGAGUGA